AUGGAAGAACAGCUCAAUUCUUUAGCUGUUACUCAUCUUCUUCAACACACUCUAAGGAGCUUAUGCAUUCAUGAAAACUCCCAAUGGGUUUAUGCAGUUUUUUGGAGGAUCUUACCAAGAAAUUAUCCACCUCCAAAGUGGGAUAGCCAAGGAGGUGUAUAUGACAGAUCAAGAGGAAACAGGAGGAACUGGAUAUUGGUUUGGGAAGAUGGUUUCUGCAAUUUUGCUGCUUCAACAGCUGAGAUUAAUCCUAGUGAAUGCCCGGCCGGCUCGUCGGUUUACGAGUAUCAACACUAUCAGGGACUGCAGCCUGAGCUCUUCUUCAAGAUGUCCCACGAAAUCUACAACUAUGGUGAAGGUUUAAUUGGAAAAGUUGCAGCAGAUCAUAGCCAUAAAUGGAUCUACAAAGAACCAAAUGAUCAAGAAAUUAACUUCUUAUCUGCAUGGCAUAACUCAGCUGAUUCUUAUCCCAGGACUUGGGAAGCUCAGUUCCAGUCUGGUAUAAAGACUAUUGCCUUGAUUGCUGUUAGAGAAGGUGUUAUUCAGCUAGGAGCUGUUCAUAAGGUUAUUGAGGACCUGAGCUAUGUUGUGUUACUCAGAAAGAAGUUCAGUUACAUUGAAAGCAUUCCAGGGGUUCUUUUGCCACAUCCAUCCUCUGCAGCAUACUCCAAUACACCAGAAGCAUUUCAUUAUCAAAACAACAUGAUACCCCCUACUGAAUUCUACAAUCAUUUUAAUCAGCCAAUGAAAAUCACCCCUUCAAUGAACAGCCUAGAAGCACUUCUCUCCAAACUACCUUCUGUUAUCCCGGUAUCAUCUCCACCGGUUUCUGGUUAUUACGAACCUCAAGCUCAACAUUUAGCCUCGACUAGGCCUAUCGAGCUAAUGGGAGUCGAUAAAGUGGCUAAGGAAGAGUUGGACGAGGAAGAAGGAAAUGAGAAGGAUGUUGGAGAGACGAGCAAUUCUGCGCUGCCUUAUCAUCACCAUAUGCAUUUUGCUUAUCAUCAUGACCUAAAUUUAAGUAGUAGCCUGCACAACAAUGGAUGUUAA